AUGUAUCCAACGUAUAUGUAUUACAUGAAUGAAAAGCAGCAAGAAGUAGUGUUGAAGGAGAAACUAUCUUUACCAUCAUCUGAUUAUCACUAUAAUGAUGAUAAACCAGAAGAAGAUGCAUUGAUAAUCAAUGAUACAUGGCAAUAUGCUGAUAAAGGAGACUGUCGAUGUUUUGCAGAAAAAUUACGAAUACUACCAAAUGUGAUUAUACGUCAUCAAGGAGAACCGGUAGCUUAUGAAAUAUUUAACAUAAACGGUAUCUUUCAUCAUCAUUUUGUUCAUGAAAAACAUCGAAGACAAGGUCUUGGGAAGCAUAUUGAACUACGUCUUAGUCAAAAAAUCAUUCAGGAAGGAUUUUGGCCAUGUAAAACAGUAGAACCAAAAAAUGAAUUGGUUGUUGCAUGGUCGAAUCGAUCUUCAUAUUGGAAUCGUUACGAUGACGAAUAUGGCAAUCCUAUUAUCAUCAAUUUCAACCUGCUUCAACAGCAAUGA